AUGGAGAGCCACCGGGCGUUCGAGCCGGAGAAGGUUGCGCAGGGCAGCAGCCUGAGGCCGCUGGCGAUCGAGAGCGUGGGCCCGGACCUCCUCGCGUCCUUCGAGGACUGCGGGCUCGCCCUGUAUUCCCGGAUUCCGCCGGGGGAGACGCCAGACGCCGUCUCGCCCGCAGCAACCACCCCGGACAAGUCCCCGCUGCCGGCAAACAUCCCUUUUGGCGGCCGCGCGCUCGCUGCGAGGUGGGCGGAAUGGCGCGGCCCGGCGGACCUGCCCGGCGCGCCGCGGUGGCGCCUGCGAGCGACGCAGAAGGCCGCCACGCGGCGACCCGCGCGGCAGCUCGUGUGUGCUGGAACCACCAUCGGACUGGUCUUAGCGCUCACCGCGGACGGCGUGCUGCCUCUGCGGCGCCGGGAAUCCGCCGAGAACGUCCGCUUCGACUGCGCGGACGCGCUGCCGGGCACGAAAGGCGCGCAGUGCAUCGCGUGGGACCGCGAGCGGCAGACCUUGGCCGUGGCUGUGCGGCGCUCGCUGCUGGUGUUCCAUCCAGAGGCGGUGCUGGAGCCGGCAGCCCCGGGAGACGCAGCACACCCGAGCGGGGGGCCUCUGACGGAGAACUGGACGUGGGCGCAGCGCGGCGCGGUGGUCGAAGCGCCGGACUGGAUCUACGGCAUCGAGAUCACCGGCGACGCCGUCUGCAUGGCUCUCAAGCGCGAGCUAUGUCUCCUGGACCUGGGCACCAAGCACGCCCGCGCCGUUCGCGUCCCAAACUACCGCGCGCCCUCGAGCCCCUCCGCCACGACCGUCUCGGCCGCCGGCGACCUCUACGUCGCCGUCGACGACAAAGUCUACGCCAUGACCCCGCGCGGGCGCCUCCUGCGGGUGUGCGCGGCGCUCCCGGAGCCGGUCCUCGCAGUGGCGUGCCGCGGGCCGUUCCUGCUCGCGGUGACCGCGAGCGCGGUCGAAGUCCGGAACCGCGACCCGGCGCUCAACUUCGCGCGCGUGCAGACCGUGCCGCUCCCCGGGGGGACUGCCGCGAACGCCCCGCCCGCGGUGUCGCGCGCCGACGCCGGGACGCUGUCGGUCAGCGUCGCGCUCCCGGGCCUCCGCGGCGCGCUGCACCUGCACGCGCGGCCCGCGAUCGACCAGGUCCGCGACCUCGCGCGCGUCCGGUCGUUCGAUCUCGCGCGGGCCUUUUUGUCGUUCCUCGACUGGCCUGAGUCAGUGGCGCGGGGGGAGUUCCACGCCGGCGACGACGGCGCGCACGGGCCGCUGCGGCCCGACGGCCGCGGCGACGGCGACGACCCCGCGGCGGGCGGCGACGCGGCGCGCCCCGCAGGCGCCGUUGUGCACGCGGGCGUCCGGGCGCGCGGGCGGCUCGAGAAGGCGCUCGAGAUGAUGCAGGGGUACCACUUUCUGUGCGCGGCGGACCGGAGCGACGGCGCGGGGUCGCCCGAAGACCAGCGAGAGCUCGGGCUGCACCAUCUGUGCACCGCAUCGCUCCCGGACCCCCGGCCGCUGCUGGCGGUGUUUCCGGCGCUGCUGCCGUCCGGCAUGCGCGACGAGAUCCACAGCGACCUCGUCGCCGUCGUGGAUUCGAUGCUCGAGGGCCUCGGCACGCUCGCGUCGUUCACUUGCGCUGCGGACGCCCCGAACGCCCCCGUGUGGGAACUCGCCCGCGCCCUCUCCGCGCACGACCACAAGGAGCUCCUGCGGCGCCUCCUGCCCUACCUGCACAGCUUCAAUUCGCGCCUGAAGUGCAAGGAGCUCGCCCAGGCGCGCUUCGACGGGUACAACUCCGCGAGCAGCAGCAGCGGCGCGGCGUCCGACAGCGGCCGCAGCGGCGAGGACGCCGCGCGGCCCGUCCUGCUCGAGAAGACCUUCACGCUCGGCGCCCUCGAGCAGGAGCUGUCGCGCGGGGACCUGCUCGGCACCGACGACGGCUGGGCGUGUCUGGUGGACACCGCAAUCCUCGGGAUCAUGCUGGACCUGGGCGACGCGGGCGGCCUCCUGCGGUUCGUCCGCGGGCCGAACUGCGCGAGCCCCGCGGACUGCGUGGCGGCGCUGGCGGGCCGCGGACUGUACAGUGAGCUGAUAGAGGUGUAUCGGCAGCGGAGGGAGCACCGGCGGGCGCUGUCGCUGCUGCGGACGCUCGCGGAGGAGCCCGCGGCGCUGGAGACGCCGCCGACGGGGCCCGCGGCGUGCCUCGCGGGCAUGCCGGGCGUGUGGGCGACGGUGCGGUACGUGCUGACGGUGCGGCGGCAGCUGCACAGGCGGGAGCUCCUGGACGCGUCUGCGUGGAUCCUGCAGCGCGAUCGCGAGGCCGGCCUCGAGAUGCUGCUCUCGCUGGACCCGGAAAUCCCCCCCCCCGAGGCGCUGCUCCACCUGCGCGCGCACGCCCCCGCGCUGUGCCUGCCGUACCUCGAGGCCGCGGUGGCGCGCGGCACCGCGUCGCGCGCGGCGUUCGACACCGAGCUCGCGUUCCUGUACGUCCGGCGCCUCAGCGGCCCGCACGGCGACAGCGACGGCGACGCCGACGGCGGCGUCGACGCGCCCGAGGCCCGCCGCCGGCUGCAGGCGCUCCUGAUGGCGUCGCCGCACGUGGACCUCGCGCAGACGAUGACGAUGCUCCACGCGCCGGGCAUGGCCGAGGAGCGCGCGAUCGUGCUGCUGCGCACCGGCCGGCACGACCAGGGUCUGAAGGAGCUCGUGUACGGCCUCGGCGAUCCCCGGGCCGCGGAGCGCUGGGCGGACGUGCUGUUCCAGCAGGCGGUGCUCCGGCACCGCGGCGGCGACAGCGGCGCGCGGGCCGGCGGCGGGGCGGACGCGCCGCGCACGCCGUCCCCGCCGCGCGCGCGGGCGGCUCGCGCGGGGGGGGUGUUGCCCGACGAGCCGUUCGCGGUCGCGGACGCAACCGCCGCGAACGUGCAGUACCUGCACCGGAUGGUCCGCGGCACCGCGACGACGAUGCCGGUGCUGGCGCACGCGCCGCCGCCCGCGUCGCCUGCGGAGGUCCCGCGGCGGAACGGCGCGAUCGGGCCCGCGCCGCCGCCGGUCAAGGUCCUCCGCGUGGCGCCGUCGCUGCUCGUGGGCCCCGCGCCGGUCGAGCUGGACCCGCGGCGGGAUACCGUGCUCGCAGCGCCGUGGUUUGGACCGGGGGGGGGUCUCAGCGGGGUGUGGGGUCCGACCCGGACCUGCGGAUCCACAUGGCGCUGCUGCGGGUGUACUUGGAGCCCGCGGACGAGGCGAUUCGGCGCGGUGUGGGGGAGGGGGGGCCUGCGGGAGGCGUGGGCGUGUCGGGGGUCGAGGGGCGGCGGCUGGCGCCGGAGCAGGCGGUCGCGCGCGCGGUGGAGCUGGUGCGGCACCGCGCGCACCUCAUGGACCCCGCGCAGGUGGUGGAAAUGCUGCCCCGGGAGGUCCCGCUCGAGCGCGUCCUCCCGUUCCUCCACGAGAUGGUCACGGGCCUCGCGGAGCAGCGCCGCAACAUGGGCGUCGUCCUCGGUCUGCGCCGCGCCCUCGCCCUCAAGGCCCAGUCCGAGGGCUCGCGCCUCCAGGCGCAGCACGUCCGCCUCACCUCCGAGCGCGCGUGCUGGCGCUGCAACAAGCGCAUCGGCGUCGCGGCGUUCGCGGCGUUUCCCGACGGAAAGCUCCUCCACUUCACGUGCAUGUCGUCGCAGCAACAGACGACCGCGGUGGCCGUGGCCGCGUCCGCGCCGCACCCCGCGCAGCGCGGCGGGUCGCUGGUGCUGA